AAAAAAAAAGACGUAACUCGAGGAGUUCUGCAACUGCUGGAGGCUUUUCUCAAAUUGGAAAGCUUGAAAAGUUCAGAGCACUCUCGCUCGAAGUUCGAUUUCGAAGGUCAGUUCCCACUUCUUCUUCUUCUUAAUCGUUAUAGGAAAUAAUAUUUGUUUCUAUUUUCGAUGUUCCUAUCGUUCUGACCAAUUCAGAGAAACCCUAUCUCAUUUCGCAAACCUGUUCUACCACACAUACCAGAAUUAAAUUCGAUUCCGAUUUCCCCCUUUCGUUGUUGGGUACCCAAAUUUAUUGGUAAUGACAUAUGGAAGGCAAUUUGAGUGGAAGCAACUGCUACUUCUAAUUUUCUGAAUUUUUUUUUUUUUUUUUGGGUUGAGUGUCAGAUGAUCAAUGGAGAGGAGGUUCAAGAGAUUUCCUCCAAUAUCCCCUCUCCAGAUCCGCUUGACGAGUUUCUUCCCUGCGUAGGGCAGAAUUCCGAUGCUGGUGAUGCCUCGCCCGUCUUGUCGGAUUGUUCUUCAUGUGGAGAAUCAGAGUUCGAGAGUUCGGUUAAGGGGACUGCAAGUUUGCGAAGCUCCUUAGGAACUUGUAAUGAUCUUCUGGAUUCUGAUUUAGGAAAUGGGAGGAGUUUGGGUUUUGGAGAGGAUCGUGUCCUGGAAAAUUUUGGUUCUGGGGCAAGAUUCCUAAUAAACUCUGGCGACAUGGGUAGUGCUUCUAUUGGUAGUUUUGUUUAUUCCUCCGAUGGAAGAGUCCAAUCUUGCAGAGAAAAAGGUGAUGUUGGGAUAUCUGUUUCUGCACUGGAGAGUAAGGUGUUUCCAGGGCUUAAUAAACGGUCCAAAUCAUUGCCUAGACAGGAGGAGAAUUCAUCCAUUGGGGCCAUUUGUUCAGAAAAUAAUGUUGAAAAUUUAACUCUAAAUGUAAAUAAUAUACUGCCCAAGGAUGAUUGUGCUGAGGAUAAUUUUGAAGGUUCGAUGUUGGGAGGUCAUAAUGACCGUGGAUUGUUACCUGGUUCAGCUGAGCAUUAUUCCUCGGAAGAGAUUAUUACUGUACAGAAUGAUAAGGAAAUGAUUUAUACUUUUGCGGUUGUGAAUGAAUCCAAUGUUUUGCAGUCUGGUGAAAAUUCCCCAUCUUAUGUUGCUUCUUGUGGAGAGAAUUUCACCAAACCAGGCCCCAGUGACGUGGUUCAGUUGCAUGAGUCCACUUCAGCUUCUCGAGUUUCAGCUGAUGGAAAGGAAGUUGGGAAGUUUACUGAGGCAGACGAGGAAACCUCCACCAGAUAUGAGCAUUCAGAAGAUGAGAGGUCAUCAGUGGAUUAUGGGACAGAUGAAGAAAAAAGUAUUAGUUUAAAUGAUAGGAUAAACCUACGUUAUUAUGACAAGGGCAAAACUGACGAUGAGAAUCCAUUGCUUAUUAACUCAGCUGUGGCCUUUGGUUCAGUUGAUUGGAAUGAGUUCGAGCAAGAAGCAGAGGAAAGCAGUUUAACGGCUGUACUGUUGGAUGAAACACGAGAGCCACAGCAACAUCAUGUAGAAACUGAAAGGAAUCUUCUGAGUUCCAAUUUUGCAGCUGAGAAUGGGUCCAAUGUUUUGGAGUCUGGUGAAUUUUCCCUAUCUCAUGCUGCUUCUUGUGGAGACAAUGUCACCAAACCAGGUCCAAAUGAUGCGGUUCAGUUUCAUGAGUUGACUUCAGCUUCUGGAGUUUCAGUUGAAGGAACGGAAGUUGGGAAGUUUACUGAGGCAGACAAGGAAACCUCAACCAGGUACGAGCAUUCAGAAGAUGAGAGGUCAUCGGUGGAUUAUGGUACAGAUGAAGAACACAUUAUUAUUUUAAAUGAUCGGACAAACCUACAAUUUUAUCACAGGGGCAAAAUUGACGAUGAGAAUCCAUUGCUUAUUAACUCAGCUGUUGCCUUCGGUUCAGAUAAUUGCGAUAAGUUCGAGCAAGAAGCAGUGGAAAGCAGUUUAAAGGCUGCACUGUUGGAUGAAACUCAAGAGCCCCAACAACAGCAUGUAGAAACUGAAAGGAAUCUUCUGAGUUCUAAUUUUGUGGUCGAGAAUGAAUCCAAUGUCUUGCAGUCUGAUGAAACUUCCCCAUCUUAUGUUGCUUCUUAUGGAGAGAAUUUAAAUGAACCAGGCCCCAAUGAUGCGGUUCGGUUGCAUGAGUCAACUUCAGCUUCUGGAGUUUCAGUUAAUGGAACAGAAGUUGGGAAGUUUACUGAGGCAGAUAAGGAAACCCCAACCAGGUAUGAGCAUUCAGAAGAUGAGAGGUCAUUGGUGGAUUAUGGUACAGAUGAUGAACAAAGUAUUAGUUUAAGUGAUAGGAAAAACCUACGUUUUUAUCACGGGGGCAAAACUGAUGAUGAGAAUCCAUUGCUUAUUAACUCAGCUGUGGCCUUUGGUUCAGAUGACUGGGAUAAUUUCGAGCAAGAAGAAGAGGAAAGCAGUUUAACGGCUGUACUGUUGGAUGAAACUCAAAAGCCGGAACAAAGGAAUCUUCUGAGUUCCACCAUUGGGCCCUACAGUAGUUCUUCAAUUUUUGGCAUUUCUGAGCAAGUAGAAAAUGUGGAAGAAAUACCUAUAAAUAGUUGUCAAGUCCAAGCCACCAGUAAAUCAACUGAAUAUUUAGAAAGCUAUUCAGUUAGCAACGUUCUUACAUUGCAGGACCUAUCUGUGCAAAAGGCUCCAGGAGGCAUAGAUUUGAACAUCAUGGAUGGUACAGCAGAAACUGAGCUUGGGUAUAUAAAUGACAAGGAAAUGAGCAGCAACCUUGAUAAGAGUGAGGUUGUAGAAGACUUGUUGGGGUCCUUGGGGACAUCAGAAACUCAACUUCAGUUGGAUCCUCUUUCUAAUACUGUACUUAGCCAACUUUGUUCUUCUGCAACAGAAAUACCUCAAGAUAACAUGGCAGGAGAUUUGCAAAAUUUUGUAAAAGGUGCAGUUUGGCCAAUGGUUGAAAAUGGUGAGCAGGCCUUUCUAAUGCCAGUGGUGACAGAUUCUUCCGUAUCAAAAGAUCUGGGUAAAGAAAACGUGGCAUCGAAUGAGGCUGAGAACUUUGGGUUAAAUGAAUUCUAUGAUGAGGUUGUCCAUGAAAUGGAGGAAAUUUUACUUGAUUCUGUGGAGUCUCCUGUGGCUAGGUUCACCAAGGGUAAUAGGGGGUCUCUGUCACAGCAUCCUAAGCCUUUUAGAGAUGGCAGCUCAACUGCUUCUACAUCUGGUACUGAUGAUGCAUACCCACAAGUCCAGCAGCCUCUAAAAAUUGAUGGGAUUGAAGUCGUAGGUGCAAAGCAAAAGAAAGGAGAGGUCUCACUGGGGGAGAGACUGGUUGGUGUGAAGGAAUAUACAGUUUACAGGUUAAGAGUAUGUAGUGGUGAGGACCAAUGGGAGGUUGAACGCCGAUAUCGUGAUUUUGUUUCUCUUCAUCGUCAGUUGAAAACAUUUUUUGCUGAGAAAGGUCAGGUCCUUCCUUCCCCUUGGUCAGAUGUCGAACGAGAAUCCAGAAAGAUAUUUGGGAAUGCUUCCCCUGAUGUUGUCACUCAGAGAAGUGCUCUUAUCCAAGACUGUUUACAAUCCAUUCGGUACUUUGGGUUCUUAUUCACCGUAUCAAGUCCUUUGAUUUGGUUUUUAUCCCCUCAAAGAGCCCUCUCUAAUUCCUCUAUGUCAAACACUUUUGUGCCUCAUUCACCUUCAGCGUAUGGUGGAGAAACUUCAACACAAGGUGUUUCCACUUUGGGAAAGACAAUAUCACUUCUGGUGGAAGUCCCAGCUCACAAGUCGAUGAAAGAGUUGCUGGAAUCACAGCAUUAUUCUUGUGCAGGAUGCCACAGAUACUUCAACGAGGGGAAGACACUGUUAAAAGAAUUUGUGGAGACAUUUGGAUGGGGCAAACCUCGACUAUGUGAAUACACUGCUCAAUUGUUUUGUGCUUCAUGCCAUACUAAUGACACUGCCAUUCUGCCUGCUAGAGUCUUGCAUUUUUGGGAUUUUACUCAAUAUCCAGUUUCACAAUUGGCUAAAUCAUACCUUGAGUCUAUAUAUGACCAGCCCAUGCUUUGUGUCAGUGCGGUUAAUCCUUUUCUAUUUUCACGGGUUCCAACCCUUCUCCAUGUUAUGGGUAUCAGAAAGAAAAUAGGUGCAAUGCUUCCAUAUGUUCACUGCCCAUUCCGGAGGUCUAUCUAUAGAGGACUGGGUUCUCGAAGAUAUCUUGUUGAAAGCAAUGAUUUCUUUGCACUCCGAGACCUUGUUGAUCUAUCCAGAGGGGCAUUUGCAGCACUCCCAGUCAUGGUCGAGAAUGUAUCCAAGAAAAUCUCGGAGCACAUCACUGAGCAAUGCCUCAUAUGCUGUGAUGUCGGUGUUCCUUGUGGUGCUCGACAAGCUUGUGAAGACCCAUCGUCCCUCAUUUUCCCAUUUCAGGAAAUUGAGGUUGAAAGAUGCAAGUCUUGUGAAUCAGUUUUCCAUGAAGCUUGCUUCAGAAAGCUUAGAAACUGUCCAUGUGGCACAGAUCUUGGGUUGGAACAUCAUGGAGGUCCAACAGAUGCCAUCAGGUGCAAGGCUGGUGAUGAAGUGGAUGGAGCUUUGGAUUUGUCUGCAAGGAAGUCCAACACCGGGUCAACAAUGGGUUUUCUCAGUGGGUUGUUCUCAAGAGUGGAAUCAGAAGAGACUUUUGGUUCCAGAGAUGACAGUCCAGUUAUUCUCAUGGGUUCUUUGCCAAGUAAUUCUCUCUAAUCUCUCUCUUGUAAUUGUAGUGUACAAGUUGUACUAUUAUGUGCUUGGAAAACCUGAACAGUUGAUGACAUAUUUGUUGCACCUUUGCGGUGUUAGUAAAAAUAAUGAGUGUCAUCCACAAUUAUUGUGGAAAACGAAAGAGAAAACAAGAAAAAAAAAAUCAAGAUUUUUCUC